UUGCAGAAGGCAUCUCAGAAUGUUGUCUCAAGCUGCUCUGAGACCUCUUGUCCGUUCCCCUGGAUGGUGCUUUGUGUUGCCACCACAUGCCACCUCAGCUGUUUCCCCUUGGUUUCUCCCUCACUGUGGCCAAAGGUCAGGGAAUGGCUCCGUCCGCUGCUGGAGCAACAUCCCGUUCCUGACGGUGCCGCUCAGCCGGGCGCACGGGAAGCCCUUCGCGCACCGCAGCGAGCUGAAGCACGCGAAGCGCAUCGUGGUGAAGCUGGGCAGUGCUGUCGUGACCCGAGGGGAUGAGUGUGGCUUGGCUCUUGGGAGGCUGGCAUCUAUCGUAGAGCAGGUGUCAAUGCUGCAAAAUCAGGGCCGAGAGAUGAUGAUUGUCACCAGUGGUGCUGUAGCUUUUGGAAAGCAGCGGUUGCGUCACGAGAUCUUGCUUUCUCAGAGUGUGAGGCAAGCACUUCAUUCAGGCCAGAGUCAGCUAAAAGAUGUGGCCAUUCCAGUCUUGGAGGCCCGAGCCUGCGCAGCAGCUGGCCAGAGUGGACUAAUGGCUCUGUAUGAGGCCAUGUUUACACAGUACAGCAUCUGUGCAGCUCAGAUUUUAGUCACCAACCUGGAUUUCCAUGAUGAGCAGAAGCGGCGAAACUUAAAUGGAACAUUACAUGAGCUUUUAAGGAUGAAUAUUGUCCCUAUAAUUAACACUAAUGAUGCUGUUGUUCCACCUCCAGAGCCAAACAGUGAUCUGCAGGGGGUAAAUGUGAUUAGUGUGAAGGACAAUGACAGCCUGGCAGCACGACUGGCUGUGGAAAUGAAGACUGAUCUCCUGAUUGUUCUCUCAGAUGUAGAAGGACUCUUUGACAGCCCUCCAGGAUCUGAUGAUGCGAAGCUCAUUGACAUAUUCUAUCCAGGAGACCAGCAGUCUGUAACAUUUGGAACCAAAUCCCGGGUGGGAAUGGGAGGCAUGGAAGCCAAGGUGAAAGCAGCUCUGUGGGCCCUCCAAGGAGGCACGUCUGUAGUGAUUGCAAAUGGAACCCACCCAAAGAUCUCAGGUCAUGUCAUCACAGAUAUUGUGGAAGGGAAAAAAGUCGGAACUUUUUUUUCAGAGGUAAAACCUGCAGGCCCUACAGUAGAGCAGCAGGGUGAGAUGGCUCGAGCUGGUGGUAGGACCCUGGCAGCUUUACAGCCUGAGCAGAGAGCAGAGAUUAUUUAUCGUCUUGCUGAUUUACUAACUGACCAGAGAGAAGAAAUUCUUCUGGCAAACAAAAAGGACUUGGAAGAGGCCGAAAAUAAAGGGAGAUUGGCACUUCCUUUGUUGAAACGUCUAAGCCUGUCCACGUCAAAGCUGAACAGCUUGGCUAUUGGUCUGCGCCAGAUCGCAGCGUCCUCCCAGGACAGCGUGGGCCGUGUCCUUCGGCGGACACGAGUAGCAAAAGACCUGGAUUUGGAGCAGGUGACAGUGCCUAUUGGUGUCCUUCUCGUGAUCUUUGAGUCCCGUCCUGACUGUCUUCCACAGGUGUCUGCUUUGGCCAUAGCCAGUGGAAAUGGCUUGCUACUUAAAGGAGGGAAAGAGGCAGCACGUAGCAAUCAGAUUCUUCAUCAUCUGACUCAAGAAGCCCUCUCUAUUCAUGGAGUCAAAGAUGCAGUUCAACUAGUGAACACGAGAGAGGAAGUAGAAGAUCUUUGCCGUCUGGAUAAGCUCAUAGAUCUAAUCAUCCCACGUGGUUCAUCACAGCUAGUCAGGAACAUCCAGAAAGCUGCCAAGGGAAUCCCAGUGAUGGGACACAGUGAAGGGAUCUGUCAUGUCUAUGUGGACACAGAUGCCAGCGUUGAGAAGGUCACACGAAUAAUCAGAGACUCAAAGUGCGAAUAUCCUGCUGCCUGCAAUGCUCUGGAAACUCUCUUAAUUCAUCGAGACUUGCUGAGAACCCCGUUGUUUGAUCAGAUCAUAGACAUGUUGAGAGUGGAACAGGUAAAGAUUCAUGCUGGCCCGAAGUUUGCAUCUUACUUGACAUUCAGCCCUUCAGAAGUGAAGUCACUCCGCACAGAAUACGGGGACUUGGAGUGCUGCAUUGAGGUGGUGGACAGUGUCCAAGAGGCUGUUGAACAUAUCCACAAAUAUGGAAGUUCUCACACGGAUGUUAUAAUCACAGAAAAUGAGAAUACAGCAGAGUUCUUCCUCCAGCAUGUGGACAGUGCUUGUGUUUUCUGGAAUGCCAGUACCCGGUUCUCUGAUGGCUAUAGAUUUGGACUCGGUGCUGAAGUGGGAAUUAGUACUUCUCGUAUCCAUGCACGUGGACCAGUGGGAAUUGAAGGACUCUUAACUACAAAGUGGUUGCUGAGGGGAGACAAUCAUGUUGUUUCUGACUUCUCAGAGCAUGGGAGCAUGAAGUAUCUUCAUGAGAGCCUCCCUCUCCCUCAGAGGAAUACCAACUGAGAACAUCAGGGUAGGGGUGAAAACCCAGUGGUGUAAAUAUUUCCUGAAGGAGUUCAGGCUUCCAGGGCACUCUCUGGGGAGGGAGUUUCUUUUUAAUCUUCAGGAGCAUUGUUCUCUGUCACUGUGCAGUACAAUGAAUACAAAAUUAUUCCAUCUGUGAGAU